ACCUAGGGUGUACGAGUCUAUGCAUUGCGGUAUUCUGGUUCCCCCCUUCUCUCCUCUCUAUCCCUCGCUCUCCGUGCUGGCGCGCCGAGGCGCGCCGAGUCGGGGGUGGGCUGGGUUGGGGAGAGGCCCGUUGCUCUUUGCGGAGGCGGACCGGCGGUCGGUCGUCGGUCCUGGGAGUCAUACUCCGGCAACGGCGGGAUCGUCACUCGGUGUCCUGAUGGAUAUCCGCGGUGUCUCGAGGUUUCCCCCGGGCGGGUGAGGGGGUGGUUGUCUUUCGUUCUUUACCAUCCGAUUGUUUGUGUUUUCGUCCGCCGUCUUUGUCUCUCUAUUCACGCAAAGGGAAAGGGGAAAAAAAAGGAAAAGGAAUGGAGGGAACCCCCGGUAUAUAGAUCAUACGCACAACCAUACAACGCAAACUGCAUAACGUCCAUCCAUCCAUCGUCACCACACGUACUUUACAGCGUUCCUCAUUUUUUUUUCCGCAAUUAGUAUAUAGCUCAUUACAUACUCCGUUCCGUCGCGGGGCGGGUCGGUCGGUCGGUCGGUCGUGCUUUCUCUCUUUUUAUAACAUGCUAUUUAUUUGGAUUCACC